AUGCCGGGGGAUAAGGAAGAGCCAGGAAGAAUCGGAGACGGAGGUCAGCGUAGGAAAGAAGAAACGAAAGAGUUGAGAAAAACAGCAGAAGGAAAGGAAGAGAUAGGAAAAGCGGACAAAGGGGUGAGAAGAGGCAGACCGACUAACGUAGAGGCGCUGAAGAGAGAAAAGAGUUUAAGUACAGGAAAUAUGCCAAGCAUAGAGAAAAUUUGGAAGCGGAAGAGAGGAGCGGAUCAGGGGGAGGAGGAGGGGGGAGAAAGAGGAGCGGGAGACCCUACACAAGUAGAGGGGUGGAUUUUUAGAGAAAGUAACCUAAUAGAGAGAUCCCCUGAAAGGAAAAAGGAGAAAACGGAGGAAGAAGGAGGAAUUGGAGAAUUAAAAGAGAUGAUGAAAAAGUUAGGAGAGGGGCAAAAGGAGCUGGGAGAGAGGAUAGAAGCAAGCACAAGGACACUAGGAAUAGAAAUGAGAGAGGAGAUAGCAGGAAUAAAAGGAGAAAUAGGGAAGAUAAAGGAGGAAAUGAAGGAAAGGGAGGAUAACUGGCUGGAACAAAAAAGAGAUAUGCAAAAGAAAAUGGAAAGACUAAUGAAAAAAGUGGAGGAAAUAGAAAGAGGGGAAAAGGAGAAAGAAAACAAUAACUGGAGAACAUUUGAAGAGAAAAUGAAAAGAUGGGAGAGGGGAGCAGAAGAGCAAAGAAAGGAGAAGAAUGGAGGAGAGGCGGUAGCAAGCAGGCUGAGAGAACUAGAGAGGAAAUGGGAGAGGAAAGAAAAAGAGGAAAGGAGAAAGAACAUAAUAAUUAAAGGGAUAAAAGUGAAGAGAGAAGCGAUGAAGGAGAGAGCAGAAGAGAUAAUGAAGCAGAUUGGAGUACAAGACGCAAUAGAGGAAGUAAAGCCAGUAGGGUAUACGGAAGGGGGGAGAGAAGUAAAUAUGGUACAGCUAAGACUGAGGUCCUUGGAGCACAAGAGAAUCGUGAUGAUGAAGAAGAAAGCACUGAGGGGGGGAGAGGAAAGAAUAGAAGAGGACCUGACAUGGAAGGAAAGGAGGAUACAAUGGAAGAUAAGAAAAAUCGCAAAGGAAGAAAGGGAAAAGGGGAGAAACGUAUGGGUGGAUUACGGGAAAAUAAGAAUAGAAGGUAAAUGGUGGAGGUGGGAUGAGGAGACCGAGACGUUAAAGGAUGGAGGUGGGAAAGAGUGGCACGGAAAACAGGGAGAGGCGAGUAAGACGGGGGAAGAGAACUGA